AUGCAGGAAACAGCUGAAGAAGAUGGCCGGAUGAACCUCGCUACCGGUUCGCUUUCGAGCGGCGGCGAGCAGAGUAGUGGACCUUCGUCUCUCCCAGGCAACGAACUCGCCAUUGAAUUUCAACGAACUCCAUCUCUGCGGAGAACACAAGAUGCAGUUUUUCACAAAUAUAACAGGCCGAUCUCUCGUUUUCUGGUGCACACUCGCGUUGCCUCUCUCAUCCUCGUUGUUGCAUUCGCACUGGCUUGGGUCACUCUGCGUUGUGCCUUCCAGCUGGGAGCAGGAAGGUGGAGGGGAGCAGCAUUUGGCCGAUCGCUUGCAGCUGGAGGCGGAGAAGAUGAAGGCUCUUCCCUUUGCAGCUAUGCACCUGAGGAGCAAGCACAUGCACCAGGCCCGGCAGCACCAGUUGGGUAUGCAUUCGAUGCGCACAGAUUGCUGGGGCGUGCCGCUCUCGUCGUAAAAACAUUCCAGCAUCUGACAGAGCAAGCGGAGAAUCCCCUGUUGGGCGUCACGGUGUAUGACCGGCACAGGGCAACUACUCUUCUGUUGACUUUGAUAAUCCUGGAGCUCUCGGCGGUGACGGCGCUUGUUGGAAGUUCCCUGGAUGAUAUGCUGAAAUCUACAAUAUCUUUAGUUGAUCAGGUGAUGCUGAAUGUCAGUGAAACCCUUUUAGGGGGAAGAAUAAGAAAUGCAGAUUCAAAAUACACCCGGCUACGCGUGAUCCUACAGAAACUAGGGAAAGCAGAACACCCACCGCCUGACUUGCCAGAGGCAGAGCGUAUGCGUAGGCUGCAUGAGCUGCUUGUUCUGCAAGAAACAGCUCAGCAGCAGACGUCUGUUGUUAUUCAGAUGAUGAAAAAUGCAUUUAAUAAUGUGGGUGAAAUCGAUAGAAAUACCCUUGAUGCUGCUCUCAAGCUCCUCACCCACGUUGCGUAUGCACGCAAGAACCAGGUGAUGCGAGAUUCAGUGCUGCGCAGCUGGUUGCUAGAAAACGAAAGCAGUAGAGAUCAUUCUCCUCUUAUUCCCAAAUCUUACCUCAGACACAUAUUGAAUGAAGAGCAGCCGUCCUUUGAGGACCUUAUGAAACAACUCACCGACCCCUCUCUGCCCUGCGCAACACUACAAAAGGGAGCACCCGCACCCGAGAAAUCACCACCUAGAGUGAAACAGCAGACAAACCAACCCCAGCCAUCCGCAUCAGCAACACGAGCACCACCAGCAGCAGCAGCAGCAACACCACCACCACCACCACCGGCAGCAGCGGCAGCAGAAGAACAGCAAGUGGAGGGGCAGCAGCUUCCUCAAAGCAGCAAACGAGAAACACCCGGCAUCGCAUCACCCGCAUCCUUCUGCAACAACUGA